GAGCUACUCCAAACAGGUUAAAGAUGCCUCCGCAUGGAAAUGCAGCUUUUCUUCUCUUAUUAUCUAUCGUAUUCUUGUCAUGGAGAAUUUCUCAUGGAGGCAAGAUUCUGGUCGUUCCUUUAGAGGGAAGCCACUGGGUGAACAUGGACGUCAUGAUCAAAGCUCUCCACUCUCGAGGACACUCUGUCGACGUGGUACGAACCGAUAAAAGCUGGUACAUCCAGGACGACUCCCCGCACUACAAGACAAUCACAGUUCCUGUCGCUGAAGCUUUUAAUCAGGACUUUGUGAAGGUGAUUCUGGAAAGGAUCAUUGCUAUAGAAAGGGGAGAGAGCACAGCUUUGAGCUUCGCCAGUUUGCAGGUUGAGAUGUUUACUGCAAUGUAUAAUGUGCACAGAAUAAUGUGCAGAAUGGCUACUAUCAUGUUUAACGAUAAAGACUUAAUGAGUAGUUUAAAGGAGAGUAAAUAUGACCUUGUCCUUACUGACCCGGCGUGGGGUGUAGGUAUAAUGUUGGCUCACGCUCUUGAACUGCCUCUGGUUUAUAAUGUGCGGUGGAUAACUAGUGGAGAGGGACAUUUAGCCAUUGCACCUUCUCCGUUGUCUUAUAUCCCAAUGACCACCUCAGGAUUUUCAGACAAAAUGACUUUCAUGCAGCGAGUUAAGAAUUUUAUUUUCGCCACCAUUUUGCAAGUGCAGGACAGAUUUUUAAUCAGCCCUCAGUAUCAAGCUGUUUGUGAUAAGUUCUUUGGCCCAGAAAUCAGAUAUAAUGACUUACUACAGGGAGCAGAUCUGUGGCUCAUGAGAGUGGACUUUGUGUUUGAGUUUCCUCGCCCCACCAUGCCUAAUGUUGUCUAUAUGGGAGGGUUCCAGUGUAAACCUGCCAAACCUUUACCCGAACACCUGGAGGAGUUUGUGCAGAGUUCCGGAGAGCAUGGAGUCGUCAUCAUGUCAAUGGGGACUUUUGUGAGUCAACUUCCUGCUGAUCUAACAAAUGAGAUGGCUGCAGCUUUUGCCAAAUUACCUCAGAAAGUCAUCUGGAGGCAUAAAGGUGACAGACCAGCGGCUCUGGGCAACAACACUUUACUAGUCGACUGGAUGCCGCAGAAUGACCUUUUAGGACAUCCCAAGAUAAAAGUAUUUGUGGCUCACGGAGGAACAAACGGAGUUCAAGAGGCAAUUUAUCACGGAGUCCCAGUUGUGGGUUUACCCUUGUUUUUCGACCAAUACGACAACCUGCUGCGUCUGAAAGAGAGAGGAGCAGCUAAGAUUCUUACAUUAGCCACAGUGGACAAAGACGACAACUUCCUGAAGGCCAUACAGGAAGUCCUGCACGAGCCCUCCUACAGGACGAACGUGCAGAGGCUCUCCAGGCUGCACAGAGAUCAGCCGAUGAAGCCGCUGGAUACCGCCCUCUUCUGGAUAGAGUUUGUCAUGAGACACAAAGGUGCAGCUCACCUGAGAACAGAGUCCUACAGACUGCCAUGGUAUUCCUACCACUCUGUGGAUGUCAUCAUAGUCAUUCUCACCCUCAUCUGCAUGUUAGAAAUCAAAGUCAUCUAUAUGACCUUCAAUAGGCAAUAA